UUGGGAAGUGUGCGCGUGUGCGAAAAGGCACCGGGGGUGGUUGGUCGGUGGUCCGUAACUCCGAAAAAUCGCACGAUUCGUGGCUCUUUACUAUUUCCCGGUAGUCGAACAAACACCGUUGUUGCUCUCUCACUUCCCUCGUUUCGUCCACAAAAGAGAUACAAAAAGGAAAAAAAAACGUGUGUUCUGUUGCGAUUUUUUUUUAUUUUUCAUUAUUUUAACUAGCGAAAAAACAACAUUUAUCCCCUCCAAUUGAGGAAAAAAAGCCCUGGACCAGAGGAAUUGAAAGAAUUUAACGGGCAACGGGUAAUUAGUGCACGCAUUUCGAAUUGGUAAAGGCGAAACUACCGGGAAAAACGAGUCUGGGUUAAACUAAAAGGUUACGAGGCUGGAGGCGCACAAAAACGCACGCGGUGUCUAAAAAUGGCGAAGGCAUUUCGCGCGGUGACAGUAUCGACUUUGUCAAACAAUGGACAGUCAACGCCGAAAUACGACAAGCCGGUAGGGCUCAAUAUCAACUACGAUCCACAAGGAAUCAGCAUUGAAUUGAUAUCAGAGGAGCCAACCGAGAAGCAGCCAAAGCAAUUAUUGGAAUUUCCCGUAACUCACACCACAGAAUGUUCUCGUGUGGCGACAAAAAGUUACGUAUUCACGUUAGACACCGAGAGUAUCCUCUUGACGUUCUCCACCGAGUCAGAUUUUCGAGGGUUUCACUCACAAAUUCUAAAGCUCAAAAAUGGAAAAGGUGUCUCAGCAUUCAACGAGAGAACCGAGGAUCUCUCAGCAAUGCAGUAUUUUCAAUUCUACGGUUAUUUAUCCCAACAACAAAACAUGAUGCAGGACUAUAUAAGAACGAGUACAUACCAACGAGCAAUACUGGGAAAUUUAUCGGAUUUCAAAGACAAGAUUGUUCUCGAUGUCGGUGCGGGCUCGGGAAUUCUUUCAUUUUUUGCGGUUCAAGCUGGGGCAAAAAAAGUUUAUGCUGUUGAGGCGAGUAACAUGGCUAAUCAUGCAGAGUUACUCGUGGCUGCUAAUAAUCUGUCAGAUAAGAUUGUUGUCAUUGCUGGGAAAAUUGAGGAGAUUGAGUUACCUGAGCACGUUGAUUGUAUCGUGAGUGAGCCAAUGGGAUAUAUGCUGUAUAAUGAGAGGAUGUUGGAGACUUAUCUGCAUGCUAAAAAGUGGCUAGUUCCAGGAGGACGCAUGUUCCCUUCUAGGGGAGACCUCCACAUAGCCCCAUUCUCCGACGAAACUCUCUACAUGGAGCAAUUCAACAAGGCAAACUUUUGGUAUCAAACAUGUUUCCACGGUGUCGAUCUGUCCUCUCUACGUAAUAGUGCUAUCAAAGAAUACUUCCGACAGCCAAUCGUUGAUACAUUUGAUAUUCGCAUUUGCAUGGCCAAAUCCGUCAGGCACGUUGUAGACUUCCAAACUGCUGACGAGACUGAUUUACACAAAAUAGAAAUAGAUGUUGAUUUUCAUAUACUCGAGAGUGGUACCUGCCACGGUCUGGCAUUUUGGUUUGACGUUGCAUUUAUCGGUUCCACUCAGCAAGUCUGGUUGAGUACAGCUCCCACCGAGCCACUUACCCACUGGUACCAGGUCCGUUGUCUCCUGGAGAAUCCAUUAUUCUGUAAAAGUGGACAAUUGCUCUCAGGGAAGGUCAUUCUAGUAGCUAACAAAAGACAAUCCUACGAUGUAACAAUAGACUUAAAACUCGAGGGAACGAACAUGGAGAGUAGUAGUAACACAUUGGACCUCAAAAAUCCUUACUUCAGGUACACUGGUGCUGUUGCUCAAUUGCCAUCAGGUUUAAACAGUACAUCACCUAGUGAAUCCUACUGGACAACACUGGAUGCACAGGGAGCACGUCAGGCUGUUAACAUGGUCAACGGAAUGUCAGUGAAUGGUCUUGGUGAAGUGUCAAUGGACACAUCUGGUGCUGUCAAUCCUAGUAAUUUACUAGCUCUAGGGGGUCAGCCAAAUAUACAUCCGGGCUCAAUAUCGAGCACUGGAAGAGGUAGAAUUGGUGGUACAGCAACAAGUACCCAAGCUGCACAGCUUAUUGGUGGUGGAAUAACACCCAAUAUGUUCACAUCACCAGCAACUCUUGGUGUUACUUUCCAGCAAUCGCUGGUACUUGGAAAUACAUCGCACUAUCCAGUGAAUCCAAGUUUGAUGAUCGGUGAUUACGUGACACCUGGUAAUGGAAUAGCACCACAGGCAUAUCGACAAUGAUCCAUGGCUAAAUCACAUCGUAUUGAUUAUACACGUAAGACAAAGCAAUUGCAUGGGACGAUGAAUAAUCGUCAGACAUUAAUUGCUAACAGUAAUAAUUGUAAUAUUAAUCGACAAGAUCGUAGAUUUGUAUUUAGUACACCAGCCAGUAAGUUACGGCUGUCAUCGGCAGUGAGAAUUUUACAUUCAACUGAUGAUGAGUUUACCAGUAAAUUAUCAGGUAGAUGUGCUAAGAUCGAUGAUAUCGGGUUACGAUGGAUUUCAGGGAAAAAUUAUAAUCAGUUGUGGGAAAAUCGGUGCAAAAGAUUGCACGCUAUUCUCUCAUAGCGAAACAAUUUUUUAUCAGUGAUGAGAGAUAAUAUUUGGUCAUCAGUAUUGAAGGAAUAACAAGCAUCCCCUAAAUCCAUCUCUCACGAAAGAAAAAAAUUAAAUAAAUACCACGAAAAAUGAUUAAAUAACUUUCGUGAACUGAAGGGAGAUUAAUCCACGAAUAAGGAGAUUGCCAAAAUCCAUCGGAAGAAAUACGAUAUUUUUUAAUGACAAUACUAUUUAAUCAUUCGCAAUGUUCCGUGUAGAAUUAUACGAAAAAAGUCCCUUUGAAUGCUCUUAUACUUUCAAUACCUUUUUUUCCUUAUGAUCAUUCACGAGCGUUUCGUAAAAGCUCUUGCAGUGUCGUUUUUUUUCCCUCGGAUUUUAUCUCAUUUCUUAUUUCCAUUUGACUAGGAGCAGUUUGAAAGUUUUUUAGAUCGAGUAAAGUUGAACGGCUUUGAUGAAAUUUUAAGUUGAAUCUGUGCUCGAUGUCGAAGAUAUUUAUACGACCCCUUAGAAUAGAGUAUUUUUAAGAAAAAUAAAGAAAAACAAAUUGUGGAUUAUGUAGAGGGAAGAUGCAGUGCUAACAGCAGUUUAUAAUCUCUUCGGUGUGAAUGUUUGAGGCACUGUGGCAUUGCCUGUCGAUUUAUUUUUUUAUUGCAUUGAAGAAUUGAGUCACCAAGCUGCGCCCUCUUGACGAUUGAGCAGUCAUUCCGAUUGGUGCUUUGAAAUUUUUUUAGUGACGAUGGUUUUUUGAAAUUCAUUUCUCCAAUGUAGAAUGAUGAAGAUUCAUCACGUAAAUUCAUUAAGAUUAUGCAUGUGACAUCAUUUCAAUUGAAUGUAUCUGAAUUGCUGCGAAAAUAUCCCUCAUUUUUUUUUUCAACAUUCAAUUGCAACGAAUUAGAAGCGAGAUAUUACUUUGUAUCGUAAAUUGUACAUAUAAUAAAAUAAUGGCACAAUGACAAUUAAGGAUCUCAACCACGAGCCGACGUGCCGAGAGUAAUAUUUACAAUGUAGCUCCUAAGAAUAAAACAACCCAGUGUGUGUAUUUUAUUUUGUCGUAAACAUCCCAAUCGCACAAACACUUGCCAUCUGCUUAAUAUUACUUGUAAUAUUACCUGUAACAUUGAUGAAGUAUUUAGCUAUUUUUUUCAGAAGGGUCCGCUGUGAGUGACCGUCCCGCUUUAUUUCGUGUAAUUUGAACGCAAAAGUUUUUCUUUUUUAAUGAUAUUAAUCGAUUGUGGUGUUUACUUUUGCAUUAAUUCCAUUCCUGCAUUCUAUUUGAGGGGCAGGCAUUCCACGAGUGCUGGUCAAUGAAUAAUUAACAAUAUGAAUGGACACAUGCGCGAAAAAAUUUAAUAGAAAAAUCUAGCGAAUUCGCAAAA